GUGGUGUCCAGCUCUCCUGCAACGCAACGCCGCGCAGAGAGAAAGAGAACGAGAGAGCGUGUGUGAUGAGCGCGUGAAGAAGAAGCGACGUUGAACGGCGGAGAAGUGUGUGGUAAAGUGUUAUUUCCGGGCGCGUCCGGGUGUUGGCGGACGGGCUGGACUCAGCGUGUCGGAGUGAGCUUCCGGCGGUCAUCGGCGUGAACCCAGAAAUAUGGCCGUCGCUGCCUGUCUGAAAGCUUCCCAGUCAACUGUUGUUGGAUACGCAGGACACGCUCAGCCAUUGCAUCUGGGAGCCAUGAACGGCAUGGGAAGCGGAGCCGCCGGCGGUCUCCUGCAGAGCCAGCUGACCCGGUCGCUGGAGCGCAUCCUGGAGGACGCCCAUCUUAGUGGCGAGCUGAAGCUGAGUGGCCGCAAGCUGAAGGACUUUCCGAAGGCGGCUGGCAAAUACAACCUCAGCGACACCGUGAUUGCAGAUCUCUCACGCAAUCGAUUUUGCGAGCUACCGGAAGACAUCACGUGCCUGGCGUUUCUGGAGCGCCUGCUCGUCUACCACAACACCAUCCGCUCCGUGCCGGAAACAAUCCGUGGGCUACAUUCGCUAACGUACUUAGAUUUAAGAAACAAUCAGCUAGCUGUGUUGCCGCGAGAAGUAUGCACCCUUCCACUGCAGGUUCUGUUGGUGUCGAACAAUCGGCUUGCAACACUGCCGGACGAACUGGGCCGCAUGGAAAAGCUUACGGAGCUCGAUGCGGCUUGCAAUCAAAUUACACAUCUGCCAGCGCGAAUGGGCGAUCUGCGCAGCCUGCGCUCGCUGAACCUUCGCAGCAAUCAGCUCGUUUACUUACCUCGUGACCUCACCUGCCUGCAGCUGACAUUUUUGGACAUUAGCGGCAACAAGAUCGCCACCCUGCCGGUGGAGCUCCGGCUCAUGAGUUCGCUGGUCGACUUGGAGCUAUCGAACAAUCCGCUCACUUCGCCACCGGCCAGUCUGUGUGUCCGUGGGUUGGUGCAUGUUUUCAAGUAUUUGGAAACGAUGGCCGCACGCGAAGAAAAGUCCAAAACCGGCGCCGAUGGGCACGCCACACUGCGGCGAACGGCCCUGUCCGCCAAAGGUUCUGGCAACUUUUUGCUGGACAACCAGCAGCGGAAUCGUAGGGCCCACGUCGAUUCAGGCUACUGCACCAGCGACGGUGGCUACGACGGUAAGCGAUGGAUGAACGACGAAGAUGCACACAACUUCAUCACCUCAUCGCCCAAAUGGUCCCCUAUUCCUCUGCACUCGAGCUUCGGCGGUAUGGCGCGCGGUGGGUGUAGUAACCAAAGCAAUGCUUCUACUCUGUCCUCAGGUGCACACCCAUCCGCACUGGCAGCUACGAAUCUCACGGCACCGAAUGAAGCCUCUUCCCUGAUGAAUGGCCCCGGUGCUACUGCUGCUGGUGAUGGUGGUGGUGUAAUUUGUUGGGAAGAAGAGUUUCGAAAGAAUGCUGCCCUGCAGGAUUCGCAUCCGGAUCGGAAGCAACUAUCGAAUAACAACAGCAACGAUAUGUCCCCCGAGGGCGACUUUACGCCCGAUGGUACGAAGACGGACGAUAAAAGCCGCACCUUCGCCAACUAUCAGACGUACCGCGAGUACAAGGAAGCGCUCAGGCAGCAGCGAAACCUUGACUCCGUGUACCGCAGCAAAGAUCAGCCCCAGACGCCCGAUAGCGGCGGAUCGGCGACCGAUUCACCGCUCAGCAACGUGUCACCGUACACGAAGUCCGUCUCGUCGUCUUCCGUUUAUAGUAGCAGCAACCAAAGCUCUCCCGUGUCACCGCUCCAUGCCGGGGCCGGUGGUAGCAAUGUGAACAAGUUGAACCAAAUCAAUGCGAAUGGCAACUUUACUACGGCCACCUUCGGAGGAAACUCGUUGCCGUCGGCGAAUCGUAAUGGCGGUCAAUCGUCACUCGAUGAGACCCUAGCUGGUACGAGCAGUGCAACGGGAACACCCAACAAGCGACCGGUGCAGAAGGUCAUACCGUCUCGAAACAUAAGUUCUUCCUACCAAAACCAAUCGCCGACGCAUUUGAACGGAAACCACCACCCGGUGGUUGGCCCGCCCGGCAAUGGUACCGGUGCGCAGGGUAAAAUCCCUGUAGCAAAUGGCGGCACGUCAAAAGUGGCACUAACAUCACCGAACGGUGGUGCCACCGGCGAAUAUGCGUACGUCAAACCGAACAGUCCCUCGAAGGUGACUGGGGGUAUACUGAUCCACAAUAAUGUUCCUCCCUCGUCGAUACCGAAACCGGCCGCACCAAACAGUGGCGGUUUGGGUUCGCCCGUGCUGGCGGGUGCUGGCCAAAAGCCACUCACCGCAACCGUGGGCUACGUGAAUAACGCGAAACCGGGACAGAAAACGAAUAAAACUGUCUCGUGGAACCGUGAUGUACCCACGGAAAAGCUGAGCUUUACGAUGCGCCGUGAGUUUGACAAGCAGAAAGAGGAAACCGAGUUGAUCGAACAGUUGCGCCAUAUCAUAGAAGUCCGCUUGAAAAUGACUCUCCCUGAAGAUGUGGCCCCGGCACUGAUGGAUGGUGUGGUGCUUUGCCACCUGGCGAACCAUGUACGCCCGCGUUCGGUAGGAAGCAUUCACGUUCCCUCUUCGGCUGUGCCGAAGCUAACGAUGGCCAGGUGCCGCCGGAAUGUAGACUAUUUCCUAGACGCAUGUCGCAGAAUCGGUGUCGACGAGAAUCUACUGUGCUGUGCUGCGGACGUCCUUGAAGGGCGCGGAACCGUGCAGGUGGCGAUCACGGUAGUAGAACUGCUCAAAUUUCACAAUCCCGCCUCGAACGUUCGCUCACCAACACGCGGCCUGUACAGUGUCGGCAGCAGUAGUUUCAAUGGUGGCAGCAGCAGCAACAUCAACAGCGGGCCCAAGUCUAGUCCUUCUUCUUCGUCCUCACUUUCGUCUUCGACCAGUGGCAACGGUACAUGAGAUUCGGACAAUAAUAAUUCUCCGCCAGCCGAUGGGUCACCAUCUAGGCGGAGUUUUGCAGGCUCAAUGAUGACCAUCGCCGGAGGGAAGCUAUCGGCGGUGGAUGACGAGGUUUGGAGAAUUUAAAUUCCGCAUUCGUAAUGGAACCAACCUCCAGGCUUUAGGUUAGUUGUGUUCUCCCAUCGGCUACCGCUUAAGGGCAUCUACCUAACCGAAAGUGAAAAGAUCUUAGCCGAGGUCUUUGCGCUGUUGGCUAGGUAAAUGUGUAAGCAAAUACUCUCCCACGUAGGUUCCGUAACAUUUGUACAUAAUUUGAUCAUAUCGACGGGUUUUAGUUUCGUUUCACACAAAACACUAACAUCGCAUUAUUAGAUGGUUGUUUUUGACAAUAUUUAAACUUAUUAAACCUAUUUAUUCACAAGGUAGUUCACCCAGCCCAGUUUCUGCAAACGAUAGCUCUGGGAAGGAUCAAAGACAUAAUUGUAUUUAUGAGAUCUAGCAGUUGAUUCCGGUUUUUAGCAAUCCACAGUACACGAUAGAAAUGCCAAUGAAAGUAAGAGAACUCAGCGGAAAAGUUUUGUAUUUGAUGUAAUCUCUUUCAAUGAAACAUAUUUUCGGAACGAUACAAACGGUAACUCAAACACGACAGUGUCCCUGUUAAGCAAACAGAAAGUUAAGGCACAGGCGGUGGUCCUUCCGUAGGUUUUAUAUAUGACACACAACAAAGCUAGGCCAUUCUAUGAAUGGCAUACCGGUGUAUCGGAUCGGUUUUAAGUCCGGUUAAAUGUACGUUGAACGAUAAAAUAAAGUGUUGCAAGCAAUACGGAAAAGUGCUCGAUACAAUCACGUGGUGGACAAAGUGGUUGUAGAAAGGCGCUAAACACUAACAAUUGAUGCAGGUUUCUAGGAAUGCAAACUAAGUACCGAUUUCCUUGUGGUCAAAGCGAGAGCGAGAGAGUGAGUCGUGAAUGCAUGAUUCGAGGUCGAGAGUGUAAACCCGACGAUACUAUACUUGAAUUGAACAGGAUUCGAGAAUAUCGAGGUUUGGCCAAGCACAAUCAGAAUCCUACGGCAGUAAGAAAAUCGCAACGAACGCUCCCAACUGACGUUGACGAUAGCUCGGAAUUGGCUUAAUGAUAAAUUGUGUUUUGUGCAUGU